AUGGUUCUUACAUUACCUGAAAUAGCAAAAUCAGGCGAGGUUUGUCUUCUCAACGACCUCCUAAAAUAUAAACCCAACAUCCUCGAAGAAGUAAAUCCUAUAGGGAACACUGCUCUUCAUCUUGUGACCUUGUUUGGAAAGAAAAGCAUUGUCGCAGAAGUUUAUGACCGAUUUCCAGCACAUGUCAGUGUUCAGAAUUCAUUCGGUGACACACCAUUUCAUAUUGCUGCAAGGAUUAAUGGAUCACUCCAUGUAGUUGAAUAUCUGAUUGAGAAGAUCAUUUCCAACUCGAGUUCUCAUGAUCAAGAUGUUGAAAGUGGCAGAGGACAAGGACUUGGAGUUGGAUUUGGCCUUGGGUUGCAUGAUGUCUUGGCUAUGCAAAAUCAAUUGAAGAACACAACUUAA